AUGGCUGUCAUCUCCCCCAUAUGGACUUCUGUUGCUGUGGGCCUUCUAACCGUACUUUAUGUGGGGAUGAGGAAGGAGACCCCGAGGGGAACCAAGUCGCUCCUGAAAAUUCCCCUCAUCGGCGACCUUCAUAAAUCGCCCGUUGGAAAACCGUUAGAAAAUUGGGAUGCCUGGGUCGAGGCAAAUGGCCCCAUCGCAGUGCCCAAAUUAUUCGGCAUUAUCCCAAUCGUCGUUUUGAACUCGCUUGAGGCUGUAACAGAGCUAUUCAGUCGGCGCAGCCAGUGGUACAGCAACCGCCCGCCCUCGGUAAGCAUGGAAAUGAUCACAGAUGCGAAACCGGGACAGUCCAAGUUUACCUUGAUGCACGACUAUGAUGAUCACCUCAAAUUGCAUCACCGAGUCCUUGCUCCCAGUCUUGGAGCAACCGCGGCUCCAAAUUAUCAGCCCUUGAUGGAGCUCGAAUCAACGCAAUUGCUGUUUGAUUUGUGCAACGUCGUAGCAGAGUUUCCAGAAGGAAUCAGCACUGCGGCAGUCUAUUCACUGCUAGAACGCGCACAGUCUAGUGUAAUUCUGGCCUUGCAUUAUGGGCUCCGGAUCCCACGCUUCGAGGAGAAGAUCUUGCACGAAGUCAUCGAUGUCCAGACUCAAAUAACACAUAUGGCUGCGAACCCAGGACUCCCAGAUAUGUUUCCGCCCCUUCGGCAUCUCCCUCUAUUUCUUUCUCCGUGGAAACGAUCAGCGGACAAGUUCUACGCGACACAGGUAGACCUGUACAUGCGUCUCUUUGAGCACGGGAAGGAAUCUGCGGGCUGGAAUGCGACCAAGCAAGCGAUCGAGACUUCCAGGAGGCAUACCACGGACAGGGUUCCGGACAUCGACCUUGCGUUCACACUUGCGACCUCUAUCCAAGGCGGCAUGGAGACGUCUCCCCGUCAGUUGAUGUGGCUCUUCAUCGCGGCUUUGCACAGACCAUCAUUUAUGAAGAAAGCCCAUACAAUUCUUGAUGGUGUUGUUGGUCGCGACCGGCUCCCUCGAUUCUCGGAUAGACCAAAGCUGAUGUUCGUCGAUGCUAUUACGCAUGAGCUGCUUCGGUGGAGACCUAUCUCACCCGGCUCUAUUCCUCGUCGAGCGGAUAAGGACGACGAGUUUGGGGGGUGA